UAACAUUAUUCAUUUUUGUUUUGUUCUUCUCUGAAGUGACUUCUCUGGUCUCUUCCUAUUCUUUCAUUUCCUUUCUCAUUCAUUCUACUUUUCAAACAUAUCAUUCCAUCAACUCCAGUAAUGGCUCAACAGGAAGAAGGGUGGCCUUUGGGACUGGGAUUAUUGAAUGGAAGAGUUGGGUUGGUAAGAAACAGUGAGUUCUCAUUCUCUGGAUCAAUCUCUUUCAGAACUAUGUUCACUAGUUCUUCCAUCCAUUCUACUGAUUCUUCCUCAUAUCUUGAUACAGAGUCCUCAGGAUCACUCUUUCAUAACAAGAGCAUCACACUUGGAAGCCUCUUAGGUAUUUCUAGCCUCCUAGAAAUGUCAAGGAGAUCAAGCAGGAGAAGAGAGAUAGGACCCUUAAAGGAAAACAGAAAGAAUAUUCACAAGCUGAAACCAUGGUUGUUCUCAUUAUGUACAAAGCUAACUACUGAUGCAGUGACCGCGAAUCAUGUUCAUGUUCCCUCUCUUGGUCAGUACCUUGUGGCAGAGAGAAGGGCUAGAAGUAAUUUCCUAAGGAAUCAACGCGCUUUCAUUCAUGGACAUAAUGCUUGCUCCCCAGUUCAAGAGUCGAACUCGCCAUUCGUUGGUGGCCAAGUUGCUCUUAGUUCACCAGCUUCAUUGAGUGAAGAUGGUCGAAGAGAGGCAAAUAGAGCAUUGCAGCGAAAUAAUGGAUACGGAACAGUAAGAGCCUUCUCUUCUUUGUGUGGAUAAUUCGAAAAGUGACAACCUUGUCGCUCAUUUUAGCACUUCUUUGGUUCUACGUUCAAUUUGUGACUCCCACAUCCUAAUGUCAUUUUGACACAAUUUUAUGAAGCUAGAAACUCGAGGUUAUUCUCACCACACGAUGCCACUGCAAGAACAAACACUUUUUCUCGCUUCAUAAUCUCA